CGUGGAGCAAACAGGCAAAGAGGAAGAAGGACAAGGGGGGGAGACCAGCUGGAAGCAAAAGAGCAUGAAUCUGCCGGCACAGACCAGUUGACUCUAGUUGGACUUUUGGAAGGGAAGCGGGUAGAAACAAGUGAUAAAGUAGGAAGUAAAGACACACAAAGAAAGACAGAGUUUUAAUUUGGAGAUACUAUUUUGAGCUCUUGCAGAGUAACUGAAGAUUAAGCAGACUUUGGGAAUGUGGAGUUUUUUUCUGAUGUUUUUCUUUUAGUAGAUCAGAAGAGAAUAAGACAGAGCUGGAGUCUGAAUGCACCUGUGGGUAUAGAUCAGAAGACCCGACUUUUACUGCCCUUGACCUCAAGCUCAACCUGCUGAUGUUUUGCUUUGAGUAAAGGAGGUUAUAAACCAAGUCUGCUUUGCCGAACGCCACCAGUCGACACACAUUGGGAGCAUCAACACGUUUUUGCUACCCAAUCAAACAAGAGAGCAAAGCCUUGCUAGGAAGAGCUCCUGAACGGGAUUGAUCAAAUAGCCAUCAAAGAUGACUUUUGCCAUGCUACGCACUCCACCUCCAGCAGGCCGCUUCUUGUACGGAGACAUCGGCCUCCUCUCCGAAGACGACGACGAGAACUGCAGCGAGGGCUCAGGCUCUGAGGACCGCACCAGCAGCUCCUCCCACUCCGCGUCCUUUCGCCUGUCCUCGUCGUCCCAGUCCGCCUUCCACAUCAAGGUGAACAGGAAGAGAAAGAUGUGCGGGGGCGCCGGGGUGAGCGUCACAAACUUGACGGACAGGCUCGGACCCCCGGGCUCGUCUCCUCACGGCGAAGUCCGCCAGAGGACGGCGGCCAACGCACGGGAAAGAGAUCGCACCAAUUCUGUCAACACGGCGUUCACGGCGCUUCGCACGCUCAUCCCCACCGAGCCGGCCGACAGGAAACUGUCAAAGAUUGAGACGCUACGUCUGGCCAGCAGCUACAUAAGCCAUCUGGGGAACGUCUUGCUCCUGGGCGAAGGGCUUCACGACGGACAGCCGUGCCACGCCCCCUCGCCUCCAUUCUUCCACGUCAGCGCCUCCCCCACCCGAGGGUCCGACCAAUCGGCUCAGCCCAAGCACAUCUGUACCUUCUGCCUCAGCAACCAGCGGAAAAUGAACAAAGACAGAGACAGGAAGACGAGCAUCCGCAGCUAACGCCGAGGGCACAAACCACACGGACAAAAUGUUCACGACUCUGACGGGGCUUCAUGUGAUUUUUAUUACAACCACUGCAGCUUGAAGACGGACCAGACUUGUGAUGCGUUUUAAAGACUUUUGAAGGAUUUAUGUAGCACUUCCACUUCCUUUACAAGGAACUUUUUAAUGUUUCCUUUUUCUAUUACUUUAUGCGAACUCUUUGUUUUACAGUGAGGCAUCGUGAACAAGACUUUCCGUGGAUUUUCACCAGCGUAUCAAGACUAUAGAGAGAAAAAAAAAACCCCACAGUACUUCUAAAAAAAGAAAUAUGGCACAUGACCUCUACAAACCCACAAAUUUGUACUCAUUAAAAGUUGUCUUAUUAAAAUGUAAACUGAUAUAAAAACAAAAUGUAUAUUUAUGUAACAUAACAAUAUAUAAUGAAACUGUGUUAUUUAACAGACUUGUGGCAUUUCUGAUAUUGUUUCUAAGUGCAGACUUUGGUUUCUGACUCAGUUUGUAGCAUCACAGAGAUCAUGCUGGAACUAUGGUGGUAAUGGCCAUUUCGAAUAUUCAUCCCUGAAAGUGGAAAAUAACUCGAGCUGACCAAUAAAAUGUUUGUAAAUCUGGGCGUAAAUCAUAUUUUUUCUGAGCAUACUGUAUUUUCAAAUCUUGUCCCAGUAAUUGCCGGUUCCAACCAAUAAAGCUUAUAAAGUUUCCAUUUUGAAUUUAUGAUGGCACGCAGAUGUUUUCUAAAACCAAAUUGUGGGGUUUUUUUAGGGGAUACUUUCGCUGCUACGGGAGACACAAGAGCCAACGAAAGCUUUUUACAAGAGCAAAUUUAAGGCACAAUUAUCUGAAACAAACAGAAUCGAUGCUUUUGUUUUUACAUUUCAGUUCAGAUUUCCCUUUCAUUUCAAGCUGCUGGUUUGUUUUUAACAUAACAGAGGAAAUCCGUUUGGUUUUUUUUUUGUUUUUUUUUUUGCUGCUCUUUGCCUUGGCCAAAAUGAUCUUGGAAAAAGCAAUAUUUGCUUUUUUAAAAAUAAAGGUUGAAAUAAAAAUGAAUAAGAAAGGCUAAAGAGGAAAUAAAAAAAAAAGCAAGAUUAAGAAGCGGAGUAACAGGCGAGCAUAAGAGCAGGGGUGGGAGGAAGGGUUGAAGUGGGCUGCAAAAUUGCAUCUGCAGGUAUGGCUACUUGGACAUCUGCCUUUGUCCCUUUGCUGUCCUCUUCUUUACCUUUCCACAUGCUUGUUCUCUUUUCUCCUCCUCUGCUCUUCCUCUUUUCUCCCUGGAGUGCCACUGGCCAGAAUCUGGUUGGUGAUGGCUUUCCAGUGUGUGCAUCCUGACCGUGCUUGCCUUCCCAUAACCUUGCCUGUCCAUCUUUCCAGCCUCUUCUCUGACACGAGAAACUGUAUUUUUUAUUUUUCCAUUCUUUUGAAUUUGGCUUUGUGAAAAUAAACAGGAUGCGCUUUACGUUUUCUUAAUUGUUCAGUUUAGCUGAUCUCAGCGAAAGACAAAGCCUUUCAUCCGAGUAAACCUUCGUCUGAUGGCUGUAGAGAACAUGAUGGUGCCUCUCAUCUAACUGUGGUUGAAAAUUGAAAGGUGAAGAAACGUCCGCAUGCAGAGGCCCGCUGACGUCUAAAUGGGUUUUGAAGGCGGUAGGGUCGGGGUUGACCGGACGGGCUAACCGAGGCUCACUUUCAAGCAUGUAGCAUGAAUUUGUGUCGGACCGAUGGCGUGAAUAGUUCAAAAUGUCAACCUAAAUAACUAAAGUAACUAAAUAAGUACUGUGACUGGCUGAUG